GUUUUGUGACGCGCGAUCAAUUAAUAUUCUCCGUUGCUUCCCGCUAUAACAUAGGUAGCGCACAUCGUGCAUGAAUGGCUCGCAAGGAUGGCAUGUAUAGGCACUAACAAUAAAGCUUCGUGUGCUCGAAAACAGCAACGAGGCGCAACACCCCUUUCAACUAUCUUUUUUUUGCCACAACACUUUUUUGUACAGGUUUUCCCACCACGUUUUUCAAAAAGAUCAAAAGCAGCGGACAUCUCGUAUAUAUAACGUAUAAAAUGUCGCUCCCACCCUUGCAGCAAAAAAUCAACAACACCAACAGCAACAACAAUUGACCACCUAUUUUCUUGCAAAAUAUUCUUUUUUCCUUCUCUGAACACACAAUUUAUAUCCACAUAUCCACGCCACCCCGAUGCCCUCGUCUGAUCUCCUCAACAAAAUUAUUUCUUUAUUUCCAGCGAGGACGCACCCAGCCAGUAGUAAACACGCCCAGGACAAGGCGCCUCUAACCCUCAAACCCCUGGUCAACAGAAAAAAGGCCACUGCCACGCACGCACCAUCCUUGGCAGUAGACGACUACGAUGGACGGCUGGAGACGAUUCGGCAGAAAGAAUACCCGCAGCUUUUUGAGCCAAAGUCGCUCAAGCCGUCCAGGGGGCCGCCAAAGCUAAGGACUGUGUAUUUGGACCACACUGGAUCUACACUUUAUGCCGCCAGCCAUAUCAGGGCUGUGGCCGAGGAGCUUCUCAUGGACUUCCCUGCCAACCCGCACUCGCAGCACACAGGAUCGCAGUGGACCCAUGCAAGGGUUGAGCAGGCGCGCGACCGGCUGCUGGAGUUCUUCGGCACCACUCCUAAAGACUACGCUGUAGUGUUCACGGCCAACGCUACUGGCGCAAUCAGACUGGCAGGCGAGCUGACACCAAUGACCAAGGGCGGCACAUUCCGUUAUGCCCGCGAGUCACACAACAGCGUGGUUGGGCUGCGCAACCUGGCCAGCGACCGCGGGAUCGCCACACAGGCUGCCGAGUUUAGCGAGUUUGACGACAUUAUUUUGCCGGCAAAUACUAGCGGGACCAGUUUGCUGGCAUAUCCGGCGCAGUGCAACUUUUCGGGCGAGCGCUUCUCACUUGAUGUGGCAGACAAAGUACACCGCCUCUACGCGGAGUCUUACGGAAAGAACAGCGACAACGACGGCCAUCCGCCGUGGUGGGUUUUGUUGGAUGCAGCGGGAUAUGUGUCCAGCUCGCCCUUAAAACUUGAUAUGCUGGAGUCCGGUCCCGAUUUUGUUGCUGUGUCCUUAUACAAGGUCUUUGGCGCGCCAACCGGCCUAGGCGUACUCCUUGUCAAGAGAUCAUCUAUUCCAUAUCUGCAAGCAAAACGUUACUUUGGUGGCGGGACGGUGCUAAACGUGGCCUUUGACAGAAAGUGGCAGGAGUUCCGCCACGACAUCGAAAGCAGGCUGGAGGACGGCACGAUCAACUUCCAGGCCAUCAUAUCGCUGCACCACGCGCUAAAUGCAUAUGCCAAAAAUUUUUUAUCCAUAGACAAUGUCGCACAACAUAUAACUUCAGUGACUAAGUAUGCACUGGCGACGCUGAGCGCGCUCAAGCAUGACAGCGGCCAGCCCAUGUGCAGAAUAUAUGGGCACGAUGAGGGAGCCAAUUUUGGACCGAUAAUGGCGUUUAACCUGAAAGACAUGCAUGGCCAGUACAUUGGCUAUGCCGAUGUCGAGCGGCUGUCAGUGAUGGCCGGAGUUGCCCUGCGCACGGGUCGGUUUUGCAACCCUGGUGCGUCGCAAAAGUGGCUUGAGUUUACCACGCCAGAGCUUAUGCACUACUCGUCGAUGGGAUUUGUUUGCGGAGACGACCACGACAUUAUCGGCGGCAAGCCUCUCGGCGCCCUGCGUAUAUCCUUUGGCGCGAUCACCAGCAAGCAAGACAUUGAUAUUUUUUCUGAGUUUCUUGUUCGCCACUACAGGAACUGCGCCCAACCAAGCACCAGCAGGGCACAAGAGACACAGAACAACACAGACAUUGAAUCCAAGGCCGACCCGGUCUCCGGAAAAACAGACUUUACAGCGGUAAUCGAUGAGACGUCGGAACCCGGAUUGCAGGUCAAAAUUGACCAAGUGGUCAUUUACCCGAUCAAGUCGUGCUGUGGCUGGGUUGUGCCCAGCGAAAUGCCGUGGGAGCUGACGCGCUUCGGGCUAAAAUUUGACCGCUCGUUUGUAAUCAUGCGCCAAAAUGACAUUGUGCCGAUGCAGCAGAAGCGGUUCCCCAAGAUGGCUCUGAUUCGGCCGCACAUCAAUACUGAGCACUCAGUCCUAGUGCUCGAGGCGCCCGACCACCCGCCACUCGAGGUCAGUCUGAUGGCCGACACUAUGAAUCUGGAGCGCGUUGAUUCUCGCAUCUGCGGUAGCCAGAUGCAUGUGUUCCACGUUGUCUCCAACGAGAUAUCCUCGUGGUUGUCUUCCGUGCUUUCAGUGACCUGCUUCCUGGCAUGCGAGCCGCGGCUGCUGCUGUCUGACACGAGCGAAGUACCCACCGACCUCAUGUAUGGAUCUGAUACCCUUUCGCCGGGCAACUCGCCGUUCCUAUCGCCUAGUCGGCGCAACGACAUAUCCUUUGUCAACGAAUCCCAGCUGCUGAUGGUCACCCACGAGAGUGCGCGGCAGGUCAACGAGUGGAUUGACGAGGACAGCGAUGAGCCCCGCGCAUCGGAUAUUGGGCCUAUGCAGUACCGGCCCAAUUUGAUAGUAAAGACAGCUAGCGCUGCAACAGACAAGGUGCGUCCCCUACUGCCAUUUGAGGAGCUGAGUUGGAGUGGUGUUAGCAUCGGCACAGCCCAGUUCGCAGUUUCUGGGCCAUGCAAGCGCUGCCAGAUGAUUGGGGUCGACCAGAACUCGGCAAAGGUUCUCAAGGAACCGUACUCGAUGCUGGCCCGAAAAAUGCGUGUCGACGGCAAGAUUGUCUUUGGCAUUUAUCUGGACAGCUUUGGCAAUGAUUUUGGCUCGACCGCUGCCAAAUCAUUCAUUCAGUCCGGCUUGCUGGCAAAUGUUUCUAUUUGAGUC